GAGAGGGAUUGAGAGCCGAGAUAAACUGUCUGUGCGCAAGAGGAUCAGCCGUUCCCAUACCUGCCCUGUCGAUCAGAUCCAAACGUAGCAGCUCCAAGGUCGGGCACCCACACGAUCCCACCGCCUCCUAUGGCUCGCCGGGAUUGAGCAGGGCGGCGGCGGAAGGAGAGAGAGGGGAGGGGACCAGAUGAGGAAGCGGGAGAGGGAGAACCCGUGCGGGAUCUGCGGGCACUACCACAAGUACGAGGAGGGGGAAGUUUGCGGGGUGUGCGGCCACCGGUGGAAGGCGUCGGAGGGGGAGGGUGUCCCGGCGAGGCACGAGUCCGCCUUCCCUACCGAGGUGCUCAAGGACUUCCUCUUCCUCGGGAGCUACGACAACGCCUCCCGCUCCGAGGUCCUCAAGACGCUCAGCAUCUCCCACAUCCUCAACACUGUGCCUGCUUGCCAAAAUCUAUACAAGAAUUCAUUCACGUAUCACAAUCUUCAACAUGACAGGCCUUUGGAUUUUGAUGAGGCAAACCAGUUUCUAGAACAAUGUGAAAGAGAUAAAUCACGUGUUCUUGUUCAUUGCAUGACUGGAAAAAACAGGUCAGCAGCUAUUGUUGCAGCCUUCUUGAUGAAGUCUAGAGGAUGGAGACUUGCUCAGUCUUUCCAGUGGGUGAAAGAUCGGCGACCGCAGGUUCAACUUGCAGAUGCUUCUCAGCAUGAGCUUCUAGAGUACGAGCAGAAGCUUUUUGGAUCCAGUGUUCAAUCGUUGGUUCCCACUGAAUCAUUUGCUUCUCUUGGAUUUGGUUUCCCAAAACCAGCAGGUGACAUCCAAGCACCUACGUGCAACCAAAUGACUCUGCCAUCCAUAUUCGAGCGAGUCAGCCCAAAUAAUGUUCCUGCUAAUUUCACUUUUGGAGCUGAGAGGACAGUAGGAGUCAACCCUCAAGAAAACAAUAACAAUGGCAGCGUCAACCCAACUUCGACUGAUAACCUGAUGGACAGCUCUUAAGAUGAUUUCACUUGGCACUGUUGAAUCUCCAUGUCGGGGAAGUAACCUAAUGCCAGGUGUACCGAAAUGGUUCUGGCAACUGGUUUAGAUUUCAGCGAGGUAUUUUGCAUUUUGUACAAUUGAGAAAUGGUUCUGGCAACUGACCUUGUGCUGUAGAACGAAUAUGGCCGUAGGCCUGGCAAUUGAUGCUGGAAACACUGGUUGGUGGCUCAUAUUUCGGUUCCUUCCUUGUAUGACUGGGCUGCUUGAACUUGUUUUACUUUUA